CACCGGGAGGGGUGAUGCGGGCGGGGACCGCCAUGGCCCGGGCCCGGAGCCGCCUCUGCCACCUCCUGCUCGUCCUCCUCGUCCUCCUCCUCCUGCUGCCGCCGCCGGCCGCGCCCGGGCAGCCCGCGGGUUUCCAGCAGAUUUCCCUGCUCUCUUCCUAUGAAGUUGUAACCCCGCAGAGGUUGGGAAGAGAACGGCGAGAGGCUUCCAACAGCUCCUCAGUGCAGGACAAAGUGUCAUAUGCUAUUGAGAUCGAGGGACAGGAAUAUACCAUUCAUCUUGAAAAGAACAAAGAACUGCUGCCCAAAGAUUUCACAGUUUAUACCUAUAACAAGGAGGGAAAAUUGCAAUUGGAAUAUCCAGAUGUCCAGGAUCACUGCCAUUAUCAGGGAUACGUGGAGGGGACCCUGGAUUCCGUGGUGGCUGUCAGCACUUGCUCGGGGCUCAGGGGCUUGGUGACAAUAGGCAAUGUCACUUACGGGAUUGAGCCCAUGGAUUCCUCUUCUGGCUCUGAACACAUCUUAUAUCGGCUGGAGAACGUGAAGAAAGAGCCCACGACGUGUGGAGUGACGGCUGAAGGCCCGGAACAGGAGCAGGCAGAGGGAAAUCCCCAUCCCAGUAUGACCCAGCUGCUCCGGAGAAAGAGAGCAGUCCUGCACCAGACAAGAUAUGUGGAGCUGUUCAUAGUUGUGGAUAAAGAAAAGUUUGAAGAUUUUGGGAAGAGCGAAACAGAAGUAAGAGAACACAUGGUGCAGCUGGCAAACUUCCUCGACAGUAUGUACAUCAUGCUGAACAUCCGCAUCGUGCUGGUCGGUCUGGAGAUCUGGAAGUACGAGAACAUCAUCAGCACGGACGGGGGGGCCGGGGAUGUGCUGGCAAACUUCGUGCAGUGGCGAGAGAAGAACCUGGUCCUGCGGCGGAGACACGACAGUGCCCAGUUAGUCCUGAAGAAGGGGUUUGGUGGCACAGCUGGAAUGGCCUACGUGGGAACAGUGUGCUCCAAGAGCCAUGCAGGAGGCAUUAAUGUGUUUGGAAGGAUCAGUAUCCAGAUGUUUGCAUCCAUCAUGGCUCACGAGCUUGGCCAUAACCUGGGGAUGAACCACGAUGACGAACGCGUCUGUCACUGCGGGGCCAGCAGCUGCAUUAUGAGCUCUGGAGCAUCGGGAUCAAGGAACUUCAGCAGCUGCAGCGCAGAGGACUUUGAGAAGCUGACACUCAACAAAGGUGGGAGCUGCCUGCUCAACGUUCCGAGGCCUGACGAGACCUACAGCGUCCCAUACUGCGGGAACAGGCUGGUGGACGCUGGGGAGGAGUGUGACUGUGGCUCACCCAAGGAAUGUGAGAGCGAUCCGUGCUGUGAGCCAGGAACCUGCAGGCUCCGAUCCGGCGCUGAGUGUGCCUACGGUGACUGCUGCAAAAACUGCCGGCUCCUCCCCGGAGGAACCGAGUGCCGGGCGAGCAACAACGAGUGUGACCUGCCGGAGUACUGCAACGGCACGUCCCAGUUCUGCCAGCCCGACUUCACGGUGCAGAACGGGCACCCCUGCCACGACCACGAGGCCUACUGCUACAACGGCGUGUGCCAGUACUACGACGCGCAGUGCCAGGACAUCUUCGGCUCGAAAGCCAAAGCAGCCCCAAACAUUUGCUUUGCUGAAGUGAAUUCCAAGGGGGACAGAUUUGGCAACUGUGGUUUCCAUGGCCAUGACUACAAGAAAUGUUCCAGCUGGAAUGCCAUGUGUGGGAAGCUGCAGUGUGAAAAUGUGAAAGCCAUGCCUGUGUUUGGAAUCAAGCCUGCUAUUAUCCAAACUCCCAUCAAAAACACCAUGUGCUGGGGGGUGGAUUUCCAGCUGGGCUCUGAUGUCCCAGACCCAGGAAUGGUGAAUGAAGGCACCAAGUGUGGUAAUGGAAAGAUCUGCAGGCACUUCCAGUGUGUGAGUGCCUCUGUGCUGAACUACGACUGUGAUGUGGAGAAGCAAUGCCACGGGCACGGGGUGUGCAACAACAACAGGAACUGCCACUGUGAAGCAGGCUGGGCCCCCCCUUUCUGUGACACCAAAGGCUACGGAGGCAGCGUGGACAGUGGUCCCCCGUACAAUGACAAAGACACCUCUCUGCGGGACGGGCUGCUGGUGUUCUUCUUCCUGGUGCUGCCACUCCUCGUAGCUGCUGCUCUGGCCUUUGUGAGGAGGGACAGGCUGAAGCGAUGCUUCAGGAGGCUGAUGUCCCGCUGCCACUCGUCACUUCAGUCACCUCCUCCUCGGCCAGACACCGAACCCAGGGACUACCAGCACAGAGGCUUCUCCCACGGCAUGCCUUACGCCCCAAGAGCUGUGCCCACGGACAUGGAUCCAAACACCUUUCCUGUCCCAGCUUACCCAGUGAACCAGCACCCUCAGCAGGCUUUCCACCAGCCCUACUACCCUCCACCACAGUACCCAGUGCAGCAGCCGCCCAGGCUGCCCAGCAGGCCGCCACCCCCGCAGCAGAAGCUCGUACCUCAGGGGCCGCCACAGCAGAAAUGUUUACCUCAGGGACAGUAUUUCCCUUCCCGACCGGCGCCUUUGCCUCCCAAAUAGCUUUUGGCUUCCUUGGGGCCUUCCCCUGAGCUGAGCUGUUGGCAGUCCCCCUC